AAAAGAUAUGAGUCUUAUAUUUAAUCUUUUAACAUUUUUAGAAGUGAACAAGCCUGUUUGGAAUUAAAGAAUAUCAUAUUUGAUAAAGAAUUGGAGAGGACUGUCUUCAAAAUCAAACUUGAUGAAGAUGAGCGUAGUACAGAAAAUGCCAGGAAAAUGUUUGAGGACCUGAAAAAGGUAUGGAAAAUUAUUGAUGAAGAGAGAAAUGUUAUUUUUACGACAAUACUGGGUAAAGAAAUCGUGGAACCUUCACUAAAAGAUGCCUUGCAAAGACUUCAGGUGUUCAAAAGAAACCAGAAUGAGCUGCAAGAUUUGUUAAAGGCUGUAUCCGAUACAGAUGACCCCGUCACUUCAAAACAAGCCAUAGAGAAAGUACAAGCGCUAAAAAGUACUGAGAAGGCUCAAUAUGAGACCAUUCAGAAACAAAGUGAAAAUCUUAGAAGACUUGAGACGGAAAUUUCUCAAAUGGAAAAAAGAUAUGGUAGCAUGAAAAGAGACAAAGAAGAUGUGGAACAGAGGUUGACCAAUGAAGUAAUAAGAAUACAGGCUGAGAAAAAUAAUGCUCUGACACGAUUAAGCGAAGUAGCUGGAGCAAAGCUGACCAAUGAAAACCCAAACAUCACAGAUCUGAGUGACCCUAACCGACCAAUCAAAAUCGCAGAGCAGUACAGCGAACUUUAUGAUAAUGCAUGGACAGACAUUUUUGAAAAGUUAACAGAGAAAUAUAAAGUGUCAGAAAAAGAGGCUAUACAGAUGUUGCUCCAUAUUUUAGAGAUUUCAUACCGAUUUUGUGCAGAAAUAGCAAGUACCAGGUACAGAAACAUGCUUGCAGAAUUAACACUUUUAAGACUGGCUGUACCUGAUGAAAAUAAACCAAACAAAAAGGGUGGACCAAAAGAAGAAACGACGAAAGGGAAAAAACAGGAGAUCGCACAAACACUGUCCUCAGAAGAAAUUAUUGUGAUGCAGAAGUUCUUUGAUAACCCAAAACAAGCUGUGGAUAAUAAAACUCUAAAAUCAGUUCUUGAAAAAAUCGGUGUGAGUGAAACUGACAUGAAAAAUAUGAAGAAUUUGCUGAAAAUAACAGUAGACGGAACAUGUCAUUUUGUAGAACAGCAUGUGUGGGGAAAACGGUCCGAAAUUCCAGCACAGGCUGAUGCUCAUCUGGAGAUUGCAAAACCUUACUUGAAGAAGUGUGUGCAGAUCUGUUGGUUAAUGGUCGCUCAAGAUCCACCGGUAUAUCUGAAAACAUCAGCUAAAAAAGACAAUAAAUUCGAUAAAGAAAUUUACCGUGAGUUCACUAGCAGUGGAACGAAGAUGGACUACGUGGUCUGGCCUGCAAUUCUUCUACACGAAGGUGGACCUUUACUGAAAAAGGGUGUAGCACAGCCUAAGUCCUAAUGUUGCAGAAU